UCAUUUAUCAUUAUGAAAUUUUUUUUUCCACUUAUAUGUUGCCUUGGAUACAAGAUGGAAUAAUUUUGGACUUGACAAAGAAUCUAUAGACUUUAUACGAUCCUCCUAUGACAGGGAAAUCUUUACAGAGACCAAACACUGUAACAUGGGGAUAGAGAGAAUGUUGUCAGGGAUGUUUAUUGGCGAGGUUGUUAGACAAGUUCUGCUGAAACUACACAAUGACUUGAUCAUAUUGAAAACAUGGCCGAAACAAUGGGAGAAAAUGUAUGGCCUCACCACAGAGCUUGUCUGUAGCAUACUCGAGAAAGAUCAGGAAAUAUCAGAACUAUUACAGAGCCAGGGUUUAACCAGUCCUACAGCAUUGGAAUGCAGGCUUAUUUAUCGUAUAUGUCAGAUGGUUGUAAUUAGGGCAGCUGAACUUGUUGCUGCAUUGUUAGCAUGCACUGUGGAUAGAGUAGAAGAUUCCAAGGUUGGCAUAGCAGUUGACGGGUCUGUUUAUAAAAACAUGGAACUGUUCAGAGAUGUACUGAAAGAAAAAACAAAAUCUCUAAUCAAACCAGGGACAGAUUGUUACUUUGUGCCUUGUGAAGAUGGUAGUGGCCUUGGAGCAGCAAUCGUAGCAUCUAUGGUGGAUAGAAAACUUCGUACACAGAAAAAUUAAUUGUGUCUUACCUAUACUACCUCUAGAGAGGAAAAAAUUGACAAAAACUGAGAAAAAUGGAGCAACCUACAGCUUGGACAGAUUUUGUUAUCUCAAGACAGAUAAUUAAUAUAGAUAGCCCACCCACAAAUUUGAGCUGUUUUCAAGGUUUACUCUAUGUUGGUAUAACAAUGUGGAACAUAAAAACCUUAACAUAAUUAUUCUGAAAAAAUAUAUUUUUGUUAAAUUAAAUCAGAGAAACAUGUAAAAAAAUGAUGUUGAUUGUUUAGUAAGUGAAUAACAAAGUUCAAAUUUUGACAAGUACGUGUAGUCUUCUCCGAUAUUCACAAUAUACUAUAUUCACAAUAUAUUGUGACCGAUAUUUUAUCUUCUACAGAAAUUAAUUGCUUAUACUUCAUUGUUAUAGAGAUAUUUACCAUUGUUAAGUAUACAUAUUGUUUAAGUAUUUUCAUUUUAAACUUCCAUUGCUCUUGAGGGACUGCCUGUUUUCGAGAAUUUUAUUCAUAUAAUUUUUUAGUGGAGAAAUGGUAAUAGAAAGUAUUAAUUUGAAUUUUAAAGUAACGUUU